CAUUUGGGUACAAGUGCAACCUAAGAUCUUUUUACAUCUUUGAUUUGGGCCAGGCAAAAUGGUACACAUCUACAACAGCUAAAAAAACCCCACCCAUAUUUUAAAGCACAGCUGCUGUGGGGGAGGCGAGCAGAGGACUCACACCUCCACAACAGCGGAUGCGCUUUUCUUUUCUUUUCUCUCGUACUUUCUCGCUCCUCCUCUACUUCAUCAGCCUCGGCGUUGUCAAGGCAAGUGAGACAAUAUUUCAUCUCUGUGCCUGUUUCGUCUAUAAUUAAUAUAGACGUUAGCAAUGGCGUUUUAGGACAUCCAGUUCAGCAGGUUAUUAUAAAUAAAAGCGGACCGUUUUUGGAGAUUCAAGGCUUUGUUUUUUGUCAUCGCUGUGAGGGCUUCAAAGGCAGCCAGCAUCCGCCCGUUAAAGAUUGAGAAGACUGACAAGAACGUAGAUUUCCCUCCUCAGCUUUGAGAGGUUAGAUCUGUUUGGGCAGAAUGACGGCCCUCAAGAUGAUUAGAGGGAAGGACCACUGUGCAGAGACUGAGCAGAGGUGAGAUGAGCCGAGAGGGCCUAAAGAACUAACAUGUUCCGUGAUGCAUGUAUAAAGCUCACUGCUGGGAAAACUGCUGUCUAUGCAUACCUACUCUAUAUGAGAGAUGUUUAAGGACUCUGAAGAGAGAGAUGUUAUAGGUCAGUUCAACAAGCUGAAGGACCACUAAAAUCUCCAGGAAUGGAGUUACCACAAGUCAGGGCUACAAAUCACCUGCUAUGAAAGCUACCACCUGUACAUGGAAGUACAGCACACACAGAGUGAUCAACGCCUUUGACUACCUUCGUGAACCUGUGCCUCUCCAGAUCGACAAGUAGACAGAAAAACUACCCCUGAGACUUUUCCCACAGAACCACAAACAUUUAGAGGAGUGAGACUGUCAGAGGCAACCAUGGACGGCCUGACAGAGAUGUCGUUAAAAUGCGUCCUGGUUGGGGACAGCGCCGUGGGCAAGACAGCCCUGCUGGUCCGCUUCACCUCAGAGACCUUCCCGGACACCUACAAGCCCACAGUGUUUGAGAACACAGGGGUGGAGGUCUACAUGGACGGGGUUCAGAUCAGUCUGGGGCUGUGGGACACGGCGGGCAAUGACAACUUUCGACAGAUCCGACCGAGAUCUUAUCAGCAGGCCGACGUCGUCCUCAUCUGCUACUCUGUGGCCAACCCUAACUCGCUGGCCAGCGUCCAGCAUAAGUGGAUCGCAGAGGUUCGAGAGAACUUGCCCAAGGUGCCAGUGUUGGUUGUAGCCACCCAGACAGAUCUGCGGGAGAUGGGGGCGCAUCGGGGCAGCUGCAUCUCAGCAGCGGAGGGUAGACGUGUGGCUCAUGAAGUCCACGCUAAAGGUUAUCUGGAGUGCUCCUCCUUAAGCAACCGUGGCGUGCAACAGGUGUUUGAGUAUGCAGUGCGGACGGCUGUAAACCAGGCCAGGAAGCAGGCCAGGCGACGGAUGUUCAACAUAAACCAGUGCAAGGUCUUUUGACCCUUGACCUUGACUUGGUGGACUCCUGAGCCUUCAUGAGUUGACUUUUUCAAUAAUGCGUCUAAGUGUGCUGUUCAAACUCAGUGAGGGCCUGUAGAGGUACAAGAACCCAAAGCUGUAUUUCUUUUAUAUACGUAGGGUUCUUUUUCACUAACAGGCCCCUCCAAGACUCCCCUAAACUCAAACCAUAAUUAAAACUGAGAAUACAUUGAUUUAGUUAUGUACCUAACAGACCCUCAUGCAAAUGUACACAGGUGGAAGUUGUACUUUUGUGUGAUCCAGCGAGAGACGUGAAGAAAAGAGUUCUUUGAUUCUUCUGAUUUGUUUUUAAGUGAACCACAGUAUAUUACAUGGAGGUAUUUCAAAUGGGGCAUCAGAGAAUUUUGUGUUUUAGAAAUACUCCAUUAAGAACGUUUGCUGUGACAGGUAAAGCAUUUAAAGCUUUAAAAUUGACACAGCAUAUCGUUUCUCAAAGAGGAAAGUAUCUUAAUAUCUCAGUUUGUGGUUGCAUCAGCAAAUGAUCUUUUGAAUUGCAGCGUAAACUAAAUAAACACCUUUACUACCACAAAUAAAAUGGCACAAUCAAACAAGGAAAAGUCUAUUUUUAUGCUCCUAAAACUUAUAAUGGUGAGUGCAUGUUGGCAUUUGUUAGCAAUGACUUAAACGAAGAGAAUAAGAAAAUGUUGGUGUCAGCUCAGAGAGCCCAAUGGGUACGUUUUUGCUGCAUCGGGCUCAACAUACAGCAUAUUCUCUAUUAUUUCUCUAGAGAGGAUAGUAUUUUACCAGACGUGACCAGGAAAUAAACUGUCAGUAGGUCAAAGAGUAGACAAACGUGCCUACAAGCUAUACAUUUCUCUGGGUUAUACUUGUAUUAUAUAUCUGUCAAAUUUAUUUAAAAUAUACCUGUAUUUGUAUUGUUCGAAGUGCUUACUCAGACAUCAGCUGCAUUGAAAUGAAAUUUUACUAAUGCAUGACAUUCAGCACAUAUCAGUCAUUAAAAAAAAUCCAUAUAUCCUUUUAACUCCUAUUAACAUUUGUAAAACAUUUAUAUUGAACACAAACAAACAAAAACAACUAAAGAUAUUAUAUUGGUAGAGGAUCCAAACAUUUAAAAAAAAUAAAGGGAUGUCAAUGUUAUCUGAAAUUUUGACACUUUAUUGAAACCACAUGCCACGUGUUAAUGCUAUUGUGGAUUUUUUGUGAAUUGUAUUUUUUUAUUUUAUUUAAGUGUAUACCUCCAUUUUGAAAAUACAAGACAAAGAUUAAGACAUGGCCUGCUACCAAUGUAUCUUGCAAACUGUCCCUGUUGUUAUUUGUCACUGGAAUAACUAAUUCACUUUCAAUAAAUUAAAACCAAAAAAUAAAAGGAUUCAACAAGUUGA